GCGCACGCGUGUCUAUGCGCACCACACGCUCUCGGCGCCGCCGCACGGCCUCCACCACAAGUCCACACACGACCAGCCGGCUUCGGUCUUGUUUCUUCUCCUCGACCGAUCGCCACACUGCCCACACACACUGCUCUACGCUGCGCGUGCGCGCAAGGUGCAGCACAACCAAACGGCCGACGCCGAUGGGCCUACUCUCGCGGGCCGGGCUGCUUUUGGCCGUCGCCGUCGCGCUGUGGUGCCGUGCCAGCUGUGCCUCGGCGGAGGGCGGCGCCGGCGUGCUCCGGUGGGCGAAGCGGCCCGAGUUCGCGGCGUGGAUGGCGGGCGUCAGGAGGGCCAUCCACGAGCGCCCCGAGCUGGCGUUUGAGGAGCGCGAGACGAGCGCGCUGGUGAGGAGGGAGCUCGACGCCAUGGGCGUGCGCUACGAGCACCCGGUGGCCGGCACCGGCGUCGUCGCGGCCGUGGGCACGGGGCGCCCGCCGUUCGUCGCGCUGCGCGCCGACAUGGACGCGCUCCCGCUGCAGGAGGAAGUGGAGUGGGAGCACCGGAGCAAGGUGGCCGGGAAGAUGCACGCCUGCGGCCACGACGCGCACACCGCGAUGCUGCUCGGCGCCGCCAGGAUCCUUCACGAGCACCGCCACGACCUGCAGGGGACGGUGAUCCUUCUUUUCCAGCCCGGCGAGGAGAUCGGUAUCGGGGCCCGGAAGAUGGUGGAGGCCGGCGCCGUGGACAAGGUGGAGGCGAUCUUCGGGUUCCACGUCACCGUGAUGCUCCCCACCGGCGUGGUGGGGUCGAGGGCCGGCCCGCUGCUUGCCGGCUGCGGCUUCUUCGAGGCUGUGAUCACCGGCAAGGGCGGCCACGCCGCCACCCCCCAAAGCAGCGUCGACCCCGUCUUGGCCGCCUCCAGCGUCGUGCUCGCCCUCCAGAGCCUCGUCUCCCGGGAGGCCGACCCCCUUGACGCCCAGGUGGUGACGGUAACGAGGUUCCGCGGCGGCGGCGGCGCGUUGAACGUGAUCCCGGACUCGGUCACGAUCGGCGGCACGUUCCGGUGCUUCUCGAACGAGGGGUUCGCGCGUCUGAAGCGGCGGAUCGAGGAGGUGAUCGUGGCGCAGGCCGCGGUGCACCGGUGCGCGGCGGGCGUGGACUUCCACGCGGGCGGGCGCCCGCUGCUGGCACCGACGACCAACAGCGCCGCGCUGCACGCGCACUUCGUGGCCGUGGCGACCGGCACGGUGGGCGCGGGCGGCGUGCGGGGCGGCAUGGAGCCGUGCAUGGGGAGCGAGGACUUCGCCGCCUUCUCCGAGGCCGUGCAAGGGGGGUCCCACUUCUACUUCGUCGGGAUACGGAACGAGUCCGCCGGGUCCGUGCACGACGCGCACUCGCCGCUCUUCCGGGUCGACGAGGGCGCGCUCCCGUACGGCGCGGCCAUGCACGCCACACUCGCCAUGACGUACCUGCAGCAGCAGCGCCCGCGCGGGGACUCCCACGACGAGCUGUAGCUAGCCCUGUAGGCUGUAGCUGUGGCCUGUGGGUAGGUUCAGGUUCUGUUGCUGCAUUGCCUGCAUGCUAGUCGAACAGCUCUUGCAGUGCGCGAGGCAGGGAGGGUCGGCGAUCUCGAGAUGACCAGGUCAGCGGUGGCGUCUCUCGUCGGGAUUCUGUUGAGAAAUGCCCUUCCUGUUCCUAGCGGAAGGUACAUGGAGGUGGUCAAUCCGGCCGGUGUAAAGAUGUUAAGAUGGUCACUUGCAGUAUCACACGAACAAGUUGGGAACGGGAAGAAUUACCUGUGCUAUGGUCUCUAAUACUAGUUCAUACCACUAAAUGACAUUACUCCGUAAUAA